CUAUAUUUAACAGAUUGGCGGCAGUAAACCGAAGGAGUGUUGGGCAGGCAUUGCUAGUGUGGUUCCCACUUCCCACCACCAAUCAAUCAUGGAGAUGGCGAGAGUGUCCAUGAAAUGGUCUGUCCCUGCUGUCAAAUCUUCACCUUCGGACAUUCGGCGAAUCAAUCGUUUUGGCUGUUGCAGAAAACAAUCGGUAAUGGCUUUUGCGAGUUUGAAGAAAGAGACUUCUUCUGGUCUCGGAGUGCGACUUACACAAGGGGAGGGGAAUUUGCAAAAAGUCGUCCUCACUUCGCCUCGUGGCAGUGAGGCUGAAUUAUAUUUAUUUGGAGGUUGCAUUACAUCUUGGAAAGUUUCCAAUAAAGAUCUCCUUUUUGUUCGUCCAGAUGCUGUAUUUAAUGGGCAGAAACCAAUCAGUGGAGGUGUUCCACAUUGUUUCCCACAGUUUGGACCUGGCCUAAUGCAGCAGCAUGGAUUUGCAAGGAACGUGAACUGGUCUUUUGUUGAUUCUCAAGACCUGGAAGGAAAGCCAGUUGUUACUCUAGAGCUGAAGGAUAGUCCUUACAGUCAUUCUAUGUGGGAUUUCAGCUUUCAAGCUAUAUAUAAGGUCAGUCUUGAUGAAAAGAGUCUUUCUACGGAACUAGUGGUUACAAAUACUGAUAACAAGCCAUUUUCAUUUACUACUGCUCUGCACACAUACUUCCGAGCUUCUGUAACAGGGGCAUCUGUGAGAGGUUUAAAAGGUUGCAGAACAAUGAACAAAGACCCAGAUCCUAAAAAUCCAAUUGAGGGAAAGGAGGAAAGGGAAGUGGUUACUUUUCCUGGAUUUGUAGAUUGCCUUUAUCUUGAAGCCCCUAACGAGUUACUCCUUGACAAUGGUUUGGGAGAUAAGAUAUCCAUCCGAAAUCAAAAUUGGACAGAUGCUGUCCUGUGGAACCCACAUCUGCAGAUGGAAGCAUGCUACAAAGACUUCGUUUGUGUUGAAAAUGCUAAGAUUAGUAAGGUCGAGCUACAGCCUGAACAGUCUUGGACUGCCACUCAGCAUCUAUCUAUUGCCUGAAGUAGCCCAACCUCCAAAGCAAGUAUAGGAUUUUCCCUUUCAUCUCUCGUUUGUGACCCCCUAUUCUUCGAGGAGUUGGUGACAAUGCAAGUGUAGUUGCCGGUUCUAAUAAUAUUGUGCUUUUUUGUUAAAGAAAUGCACGGCUGUGUAUUUAUGUAAGAAUUAUGGUAAUAAUUAGUUAAUGGUUAUAAAAACAACACUAAUUAUAUUGAGAAUAA